AUGGCGCAAGACGCUGCUGCCACAAAGCUCCAGGCUCUCCAUCGCGGCAACAGUAGCCGGCGGCUCCAGGAGGACAACCAGGAGGCGGGCUCUGCCCUCGAAGCGAUGCUUGCGAGAGUGGAUUCGAGUGCCGCAGACGCCACUCCUCGUGCAGAGGCGGACGCCGCCGCGCGGGUGCAGGCGCUCCACCGCGGCAACUCUGCGCGGCGGCUGCAGGCGGAGGAGCACGCCGCGGCGGCGGCGCUCCACCGCGGCAACUCUGCGCGGCGGCUGCAGGCGGAGGAGCACGCCGCGGCGGCGGCGCUCCACCGCGGCAACUCUGCGCGGCGGCUGCAGGCGGAGGAGCACGCCGCGGCGGCGGUCGUGCUCGAGGCGGGCGCCACGCGCGCGGCGGAGCGCAAGCGGCUGGCGGCAGAGGAGGUGGAGGAUAAGGGUGAGUCGUCGGCAGAGCUGGCAGCGGUGCUGGCAGAAUCGGAGUGGCUGGGGGGCGCUCCCGGCGAGGCGGUGGAGGAGGGGGAGGCGGGCGGUGCGGGGCCUCCGCCGCCGCAGUCCAACUUCUCCUCGGCGAUGCUGAUACAGAUGGGCACCACCAACGGAGGCAGCGACGCCGCGGCGGGCGGGCCGGACAAGCGCUCUGCGGAAGGCGUGCCGGCGGAGGCUCCUGCGGCGGAGUGGCCGGCCGGAGGGGGCAUCCCCGCCACCUGGGAGAGGGGCGGCUGGGAGUCGACCUCGGACUCGCUGAUGCGGCGCGGCUGCUCUCUCUCUCUCGAGGGCAGUGGGCUGGUGAGCCACCCCUCCGAGGGGGAAGAGGCCGCCUUUACGGACGCGCACACCACCACGGACGGGUUUGCGGACGCGCCCUUGACGGAUGCCUUUGGGGGCGCGUCCGCGAUGCACGCGUUUGGGGAGGCGCCCGCCGCGAACGGCAGCCUCUCGCCGUCGAGCAGAGCGUGGCGCGCCUUCGCGACGCGCUCACGACGCUUGGACGCCGCGUUUGGCGCCAGCGCGGCGGCGGACGCCGAGUUUGAGCACGCUGGGGUGGACGCGGCGGUGCGUGCCGAGGAGAAUGUCGGGUACGACCUCCCGCCCCCCGUGGCGACGGGCCGGGUCGCCCCCUCGACGGGCGAGGCGACCCGCUCGUCUGGCAUUUCGGAGAUCGACCUCAACUCGCCGGGCAAAGGCGGCGGAGCGGUCACCACCACGACGCAGCUCACACUGGCGUCCGACGUCGUCUUUUGCGGUUGGUCGCUCAAGCGCGGCCUCCUCUUCUCGGCGUCCAAGUUCUUUGUGCUCACGCGCAAAGCGCAGCUGCGCUGGUACGACCCGGCGCCCGGAGAGGGCGCGGUCAAGUACCGCGGCUCGAUGGAUUUGCGGCAGGGCGCCGCCAUCCAGCGCGUGGGCAAGAACAGCGACUACAGCUUCCGGCUCGCGGCGGGCGGCAGCAGCAUCCACCUCAACCCGCAGAGCGGCGAGGCGUACAAACUGUGGCAGGAGGGGCUGGUCGAGGCCCUGCUCGCGGGGGCGGCCUGAGGCAGGCUCAGGCCCGAGGAGCUUUGGGGGUGGUCAAGUGAGCGGGCGGCCAAAGCGCUCGCUUGCAUUGAGAGCCAGAGAGUGUCCCUACUCGAGCGUAUCUCUUGGGGGGCGCUGACCAGCGUCGCGUUUGUUUUGUGGUAUAGCAAAACAACCGUGGCGCGGCACCUC